UAUAUAAAGGACGUCUAAUUUGUGUCAAUUCCCUAAAAAAAAUCAACUUUUUUCUACUUUCCUUAUAUCAGCCACUUUUUUACUACAAUGCAUUCCUCUACUUGCACUUUACCUCCUCUUUCAGACAUUUUCUUGAAUACUAGCACCACUGCUUCUCGUUCUUCAUCGUCAGUGCUUAAUAUUCAAAAUCUAUUAUCAUCUCCUUCUCCUGUUCAACCACAACAUCACCAUCACCAUCAUCAUUAUAACACUUCAGCAGCAGCAGCAGCAGCAGCUCAUGAACGUAAUUUGAAGGCAAAGAGAAAGAGAGCUUCACCCAAUCAAUUAGUAGUAUUAAACCGUAUAUUUGCUCAAACCUACUUCCCUUCAACAGAAAUCCGUAUUGAACUUGGAAAGCAACUGGGUAUGAGUCCACGUACAGUGCAGAUUUGGUUUCAAAAUAAGCGUCAAGCACUUCGUUCUCGUGGACGUCAUACACCGGAUUCACCCACUUCUGCUUCCUUCUAUCUUCCUCCCAUUUCUCCACCCAGAUCUCCUCCCACUGACCUCCGUUUCCAUCACUUCCAAGACCAAAACAACUUUUCAUUACCUCCAUUAAGACUAGUAUCUCCACAACAUCAUUGCAGUCCUCCAACAUUAUCAUAUCCUAGUCCAAAUUCAAUUGAUCAUCUUUCUUAUAGAGAUUAUUAAAUUACAACUAGUAAAAAAAAAAAAAACAAAAAAAAAAACAACAGAAAACCCAAACAACAACAAAAACAUUAACACAAACCCCAGACACAAGAAGCACUCUUUCUAUUAUAUAUAUAUACAUAUAUUACUACUACUCAUGCCUUCCCCCUCUUUUUUAUCAUUACUUUUUGUAUUUUCGUUUUUAUUAUGUUUAUUUUUUUCAUGCUUCUUCUUUUUUUAUAUCAUAUGCUACAUAUAUUUGUAUAUGCCUAUUUAAUAUAUAUCCAACAACUUAUUUAUUCGUUUCUGUGCAACUCUUCUUUUUUUAAUUGUUUCUCGUUUGAUCUCCCCCCUUUUAAUAAUAAUAAAAAAAACAUUAUAUCAU